AUGCUCACUCACAUUCCGGAGGGCAUUGGCGCCUUGACCACGCUGCGCAAGCUGAGUCUAUCAGACUUCAAGGGGUUGAAACGGCUCCCUGCUUCUCUCACCUGCCUUGUGUGCCUGAAUGAGCUGAAUCUCUCGUCCUCCCUCAUCACCUCGCUUCCUCCCCACUUUGUGCGGCUGGCUGGACUGAGGCGGCUUAUCUUGGACGGGUGUUGGCGGUUGAGGGAGCUACCUUGGGAUAUGGCUGAGUUGAAGAUGCUGCAGUAUCUGGUUUCUUUCACACGCCUCUCUUUCAUCGCUCUCCUCGUUUUUUUCCUCAUUUCUCGCCUGUCCCUGUCUCGUCUCGAUGGGGCCCCGGCAGAUGAGGUGGAGCGCGAGGAGGAGGAGGAGGAAGAGGAGGGCGACGAUGUGAACGGGGAGGACGACGAUGAAGAGGAAGAAGAGGGGCAGGACGAGUAUGAGAAGGAUGGAUGGAUGGUGGACGGUGAUGAGGAGGAGGAGGAGGGCGGUGAAGGCGAGGAGGAGGAAGGGGGGGGCGAGGAGGGGCCGGGGAGUGACGAGGAGCGCAGGGAGAAGAAGAAGAAGAAGCGCCGGAAAAGGGAGGAGGAGGAGGACGAGUUGGAUGAGGACGACUAUGCGCUGCUGCAGGAGAGCGGUGUGGGGGGCUUUCAUCGCCCCGCCAAGGGGUUGCUGAUGGACGAUGAGGAGGACGAGGAGGGCGGUAUGCGCCCCCAGCAAUGCGUGGAGAGGGAGAUUUUUGGGGACGAGGGUGAGAGGGAUAUGGACAAUGAGGGUGAGAGGGAUAUGGACAAUGAGGGUGAGAGGGAUAUGGACAAUGAGGGUGAGAGGGAUAUGGGCAAUCAGGCUGAGAGGGAUAUGGACAAUCAGGACGUGCCUGAAGAUUUCCAGGAGAGGGAAGGCAGGGGCGAGGAGGAGGAGUUGGAGGAGGAGGACGGGGAGGAGGACGAGGAGGAAGAGGACGAGAUGGCAGACUUCAUCGUGGAAGGGGGUGUAGACGACACGGACGAGCACGGCCGGCGCCGCCGCAAGAAGAAGAAAAAGGGCACGCGCAUGCCAGGUGUCACCUCUGAGGCGCUUCUCGAGGCGCAGGAUAUUUUCGGUGACGUGGCGGAUCUGCUGGAGCGGCGGCGCGUGGAGCUGGAGAGGCAGAGGAGGGAGGGAGGGGAGGGGGGCGCGGGGGGGUACUAUUAUGAGGAUGGGAUGGGGGCGGAGGGUGGGGAGGAGUAUGGGCGGGAGGGCGCGGGCGGGGCGUCGGCGCUGUCGAAGCAGUAUGAGCCGAGCCUGCUGGAAGCUAAAUACAUGACGGAGCGGGAUGAGGCCAUUCGAGCCCGAGAUGUUCCUGAGAGGCUGCAGCUGUUGGAGGAGGUGGUGGGUGUAAUCCCUGAGAACGAGGACCAUCUACCCGAGGCCGAGUGGAUCUACGAGCGCGUGUUUGGCUCCUUAGCCCCCGACCACCUGCGGCGGGGGGAGUUCUCGUACGUCGCUGACGCUGAGAGGCGCGCCGCCACGUGCGCACGGGAGGACGUGGAGAAAUGCCGGAGAGAGGCCGUGGCGGCGCGGGACGGUGCCAUCGAGCAGAUCGCGGCUGUGCUUGAAGAGCUGCACGAUGCAAAAGUGGAGGUGCCGUACAUAGCGAUACACAAGAAGGCCAUCUGCCCGGCUCUCGUGGAGCAAGACAAGCUCGACGGGGAGCCGCAGCUGCAGCCCUUCCAGGCUCUGUGGGCCAUCCAGCAGUGGGAUCGCCGCUGGCUGCUCCUGCAGCGCCGCAAGCGCUCACUGCGAUCCGCCUACGAGCGGCCGCGAGUGGACGAGGAUGAAGAAGCAGAGCGGCAGCUCGCCAUGCAAGGGGUGCUCCACGCGCUCGACUGUGCGCUCUCGGAGCCCGCCGUAGAGGACGUGGACGCCAAGUUCAACCUGCAGUUUCCGCCGGAGGAGGCUGUGGCGGAGGAGGGCGGGCGGGGAGGGGCAGGGGUGCAGCAGAGGCGGCCUCGGAAGCGGUCCAUGUACUCGGUGUGCCGGCGGGCUGGGUUGAAGGGUGUGGUGAAGCGCAUUGGGCUGUCGGCGUUCCAACUGGGCGAGAAUCUCAUCUCCAUGUACAAGGUGCGUGGGAGGAUGGUGGGAUGGGUGGGGUGUGAGAGGUGUGAGGGGUAUUGGGAUCCUCUCCUCAGAUUGCCGCCUCCUGACGGCCUCAUGGGCCGGCACAGUCAGCAACACGAGGUGGAGGACACGGCGCUAUCACCGGAGGAGGUGGCAACGGAGUACAUCUGUGCUGAAUUCCCCUCGCCUGCUCUCGUGCUCAGAGGCGCCCGCCACAUGGCGGAGGUGGAGAUAAGCAUGGAGCCCAAGGCGGAGGUGGAGAUAAGCAUAGAGCCCAAGGUGCGCGAGCACGUGAGGGAGAUCUUCAACAAGCGCGCCAUCGUCUCCACCAACCCCACCCCGCGCGGCCGCCAGGUAACGCCCCUCCCUGGGUUUAUGACCGCCAGGUAA